GCGUAGGUAACCAGAGAGCGGCAAUCGAUUGAUCGCUUCCAGAACGGUCCCGCUGCCUUCCUGAGAUCCUGUUUCAGCCCUCGCAGCACGGGUUUCUGGUGCCAGGGGAAGAACUGGACGCAGGGUGGAAGGGCUGUUCUCACUUAGUGCUUCAGGACAGGGCAGGGUGGUGGAACCUGUUUCCAGGACCAGGAAUAAAGCAACCGAGGGAAGGAGUGAGACUUGCUGAAAGCUGCCAAGCCACACCAACUCCCACUGGGCACCAUGACGGCAAAAGAUGGCCCUCAGGACAGGUACAAAGGUGUCUGGCUGAUCUUCUUCAUGCUGGGCCUGGGAACGUUGCUGCCAUGGAACUUCUUCAUGACAGCCACGCAGUAUUUCAGCACCCGCCUCAGUGAUGCCCAGAACACCACUGCUGUGGACCGCCUCAGUGAGGUGAACGGCACGGGCAUAAACUUGCCUCGCACCUACCUUCAGGCCAAGUUCAACAACUUCAUGACCCUCUGUGCCAUGUUGCCUCUGCUCAUCUUCACCUGCCUCAACUCCUUUCUCCACCAGAGGAUCCCCCAGCAAGUCCGCAUCCUGGGCAGCCUGGUUGUCAUCGGGCUGGUCUUCCUGAUGACUGCUGUCCUAGUGAAGAUACCCAUGGAGCCACUCCCUUUCUUCAUUGUCACCAUGGUCAAGAUCAUCCUUAUCAACUCCUUUGGUGCCAUCCUCCAAGGUAGCCUCUUUGGAUUGGCAGGGCUCCUGCCUGCUAGCUAUACAGCACCCAUCAUGAGUGGGCAGGGGCUGGCAGGGACCUUUGCAGCUCUGGCCAUGAUCUGCGCCAUUGCCACUGGAUCACCGCUUGAAGACAGUGCCUUUGGCUACUUCAUUACAGCCUGCGUGGUGAUCCUGCUGGCUAUUGGCUCCUACAUCGUGCUUCCCCGACUGGACUUCUUUCGAUAUUACUCAAUGAAGGACAAGACAGAGUACCGGGUCCAUGAGAAACAUGCUGAGCUGGAGACCAAAAUGGACCUUAUCAAGAAAGAUGAGCCCAACGGUGUGGAAAAGAACAAGCUGAACACUGUGCCCCUCCAUAACCCCAACCAGAAGCCCUCAGUUGUCAGCAUCUUUAAGAAGAUCUGGGUCAUGGCUCUGUCUGUCUGCUUUGUCUUCACUGUCACCAUUGGUGUCUUCCCCUCCAUCACUGCCGAGGUGGAUUCCUACAUCGCAGGGGAAACCGAGUGGAAAAAAUACUUUAUCCCUGUUGCCUGCUUCCUGAUGUUUAAUGUCUCUGACUGGCUGGGACGGAGCCUCACGGCCUUCUGCUUGUGGCCUGGGAUGAACAGCCGGCUCCUGCCCUUCAUGGUGGCUCUCCGCGUGGUCUUCAUCCCCCUCUUCAUGCUAUGCAACCUGCGGUCCCACGUGUACCUGCCCACAAUCUUCCAGCAUGAUGGCUGGUACAUCGGCUUCAUGAUCCUCUUCUCCGUCUCCAACGGCUACUUGGCCAGCCUCUGCAUGUGUUUUGGACCCAAGAAGGUUGCCUGGCCAUGAAGCCGAGACUGCUGGUGCCAUCAUGGCUUUCUUCCUGUCCCUGGGCCUGGCGCUAGGAGCCAUCUUCUCUUUCCUUUUCCGAGCGCUGGUUUGAGUGUGGACUUGGAGAGACACUGCUUGGCUUGGUGACGUGCCUCUCUUGCCGGAUCCCGGAGGGGGCAGGGCAGGCGUCUCCUGUCUGGAUUUCCAUGGAUUCUUGCCACCUUUGCAAACAUUCUGCAGAAUUUCAGUGUCUCCCUCACCCUGCAGAUAUGGCUCGAGUGCCCCUAGCCCUGCCUUCCCUCAUGCCCUGCCACGUGUCACCUCUUGGCCUGUAUGCCCUCUACUUUCCCCAUGCCAUGUGCUUGAGACCCUUGCUCCUUCCAUCUCCAGCCCUCUCCCCUUCUCUCCAGUGCUGGUUGACUCCCCUUGCCAGAAUCCCUCUCCAAACCCCAGUCGCUUGCCUGCAUAGCAGGGAUCUGGAAGCUAUGUACAGCAUCAUUACCCCUUCCUCCCCCAAAGCAGGUUCAUUUGCAGAGCCCCAUCCCUAGCCAGUGAGAGGAGAGGAGCCUUGCAGACUGUACAGCCCUAACCACUAUCUCAGAACACAUGCACUCCCUCCAUGGUUGUAGAGACUGAGUUUUACAGCUACUCUUGGCUCCAACCCAGCAGCUCCCUCAUAGGUAUUGUUACCCAUAUAACAGCUUGGGCAGCAAGCCAGAGCUGGGAACAGAGCCCUGCUCUCUGGCAUCACAGUCAAAUGCCUUAAUUUGAGGACCUUCCUUCCUGUCUUUCUGCCUUGGCCUGUUGCCUGGCAUGCGCUCCUCCUGGUGACUGAUACCUGAGCAGAUUCUGCUUCCUGCAGCUCAGGCUUCUGCCCCAAUAGCACCUCUGCCUUCCAAGAGUGGAGCAGGAGUUGUCCCUGCUGGGUGCACUGGAACGAGUGAGGCUAGGGCUCUGGCUGCAGGGGGAGUACUGAGGCAUCACUGCCAUAGACCAGCUCAGACUCCAUGAGGCCUUUCUUACCCCCACCACACUGCAGGCAGGGGCCAGGUGUUAGCCCCAGCCCCACUUAUGUCUGUAAAUUUAUCUGUAUAGAUGCUGUUUUAUAUACAAAGACUGAACGUGCCCUUCUGUAGAUCACUGCCUCUGAUGUUGCUGCCCUUAGGGAGGGGGAGAGCAUGUGGGCUAUAGCCUUGCCAAGGGCUGGGCCUCAGUGUAUCCUGAGGGAGAACAGCAUGGAGAUGCUUCACAGGCUACCCAGAGUGGCUGCCUAGCCCGUACUCUGCUUGCUCCUGCAGUCUGUUUCCAGGCUGGUUGGCAGGGCUCCAUGGACAAAGGAGUGGGGAUGUGUAGCUGAGGGAUCUCAUCCAUCCCCUGGGGACAGACCCCAGGCAGGAAGUGCAAAGGAGUGGUGCCCUCUUCCAUGGGCUGUCUUGCUGGGGAGGGACUGAUGGGAGGGAGUGGGAGAAGUGACCGAGUGCUGGGAACUUACUGCCAGGCUGAGGAGGCCAUGUCUGUGUGCUGGAGAUCCCCUGAGGGUGGUAGAGUGCUGGUGUGCUGGCUGUUCUGCCUUUCCAAUCACACCUGAAUUUCCUUGAGUAGCAGCCCUGGGACCUAUGCUGGAGGAGUGCAAUGACCACCUGCAGCAAGUGCAGCUGUACCUACUACACAUUACCCCUCAAAGGGCCCUCAGGCCUGGCCUGGUCUAGCUGCAGCUUCCUCAGAGGCACAUUCUCCCAGUUCCCAUUCCUUCCCAAAGUGGCAUCCCAGUCAGACCCCAACACAUGCACAUCCCUGCUAACCUGUGCUCAGCCCAGCCCUCUGAUCCACAGAUCACCUGCAACCCAUAUCUGGGUUAGUUGCCUGCCUAGGACACAAACUAGAGUAGAAAUGCUAGGAGGGGAGCCACUCUGCCCUCUCCAGGAGCUGGUGUUUCAUAUGAACUCAAGCACCCUGAGUGCCAGCAUCCCAGCCACGGGUAAACCCCCUUUGUAUCGUGAUGCAAAUAUUUAGCCUAAUACAUCUUGUUGUGUUUGUUA